GUGCCGAAGGCUGUGAGGCUGUACAGUGGUUGCCAUGGAGCCAGCCUGGAGACAGCAGGGCAGGGGGCGGGGGCGGGGUCAGCCUGGAGGCGGAGCUGCUGGACGAGGAGGCGGGAUGAGGGCGGAGCCAACAGCUGUACGUCCAGAGACCGUUCAGUCCAGGUUCGAGGACAUCCGGAUGUCCAAUCAGGCUGCUGCUCAGCGGCUGGUGGGCGGAGCCCUGAGCUCCUCCUCCUCUGAUGAAGGUGAUGAGGAUGAUGAUAGCGAGCAGAGGGAUGGGAAGAGAGGGAAGAUCCUGGCCUCCACCUUCACCAGCUACACCCACCAGACAGGCGGGGACUCGUCGGGUCUGGUGAGGACGGGUCAGUACGUCUCGGAGCUGUUCCAGUCUGGAGCUCUGACCUGUCUGAUCUGCAUCAGCUCCGUGAGGAGAACCCAGCCGGUGUGGAGCUGCUCCAGCUGUUUCUGCCUCUUCCACCUGCCCUGCAUCCAGCAGUGGUCGAGAGACUCCCAGCUGCUGCUGGCCGAGGAGGAGAGAGAGCAGCAGCCCUGGCCCUGUCCAAAGUGUCGAGCAGAGUAUCCUCCAAGCUCCAAACCCAGCAGGUACCUGUGUUACUGUGGGAAGCUGCAGGACCCCCCCCCGGACCCCUGGCUGGUUCCUCACUCCUGUGGCUCCGUCUGUCAGAAAGAGCUGAAGCCGGCGUGUGGACACACCUGUCUGCUGCUGUGUCACCCGGGUCCCUGUCCUCCCUGUCCAAAGAUGGUCUCUGUUUCCUGUCUGUGUGGAAAGGCCACGCCCCUCCCCCGUCGCUGUAGCAACAAGGCCUGGUCCUGCCAGCAGCCCUGUGGCCUCCUGCUGGGCUGCAGGCAGCACCGCUGCUCCCAGGCCUGCCACAAAGAAUGUGGCGUGUGUCCCAGAGUCAGUGUGCAGCGAUGUGUGUGUGGCAGGGAGCAGACUGAUAGACCAUGUGCCAGCCCUCAGUGGAACUGCCAGCAGGUGUGUGGGUCCUUGCUGUCCUGUGGGAAUCACACCUGUGAGCUCGUUUGUCAUGAUGGACUUUGUCCUCCGUGUCCUCGUUCAGUCAGCAGAUCUUGUCCCUGCGGCAAGACCAAGUCGUCUCUGCCCUGUACAGAGGACGUGUCUCCCUGUGGGGACACAUGUGACAAAAAACUGUCCUGCAACGUCCACACCUGUUCAAUGAGAUGUCACAGAGGGAGCUGUGAGACCUGCAGACAGGAGGUGCUGAAGUCGUGCCGCUGUGGGAAACACAGGAAGCUGCAGCCGUGUCAUAAGGAGUAUCUGUGUGAGUCCAAGUGUCCCAAAACACGCAGCUGCCAGAGACACCAGUGCAGGAGGAAGUGUUGCCCUGGAAACUGUCCCCCCUGUGACCAGAGCUGUGGACGCUCUCUGAGCUGCCGCAACCACAAGUGUCCCUCAGUGUGUCACCCAGGCUCCUGCUACCCCUGCCCUCAGACGGUGGAGGUGCGCUGCAGCUGCUCCUCCUCGGUGCUGCUGGUUCCCUGUGGGAGGGAGAGGAGCACCAGGCCCCCCCGCUGCAAGGAGCCCUGCAGGCGCCCCCCCUCCUGCCACCACCCCAGCAGGGAGCCCCACCGCUGCCACCCCGGGCCGUGCCCCCCCUGCAGGCAGGCCUGCCGCCGGCCGCUGCCCGGCUGCUGCCACUGCUGCCCUCAGGCCUGUCACGACCUGGUGCUGGUGCGCUCCCAGCAGGUGCAGCUGGCCGGGCCGUGGGAGCAGCCGGCUGAACCGGCGUUCAUCAAGAAGGCUCUGCCCUGCCCCCCCUGUGAGGAGCCCAUCCCCACGAGUUGUUUUGGUGAACAUGAGGUCAGCCCCGUGCCGUGUCACCGUCAAGGUAGAUUUUCCUGUAAGAGAGCCUGUGGACGACCUUUGACCUGUGGGAACCACAGCUGCAGCCUGGAGUGUCACCUGGUUACCGAUGGCAACAAGUGUGAGGACUGUGAGGACAGUUGUGCGAAGCCCCGCCCCCCAGGCUGCCCCCACCCCUGUCCCCGCCCCUGUCACCCUGGCAACUGCCCCCCCUGCAGUCAGAUGGUUCGUCAGCGCUGCCAUUGCAAGAUGAGCCUACUCUACCUGGAGUGCAGGAAAUUGACUUCAGUUGAUGAAGAGACAAAAGUCAAGUUGGGUUCCUGCAACAAUCAGUGUCCCAAAGAGCUGAGCUGUGGACACCGCUGUAAGCAGGUGUGUCAUCCAGGUGAGUGUGAGCUCAGGUGUCCACAGAAGGUGAAGCUGCGAUGUCCCUGCAGGAGGAUCAAGAAGGAGGUGUUGUGCUCCCAGUCCCGUCAGGCUGCUGUUCAGUGUGACGACGUCUGCAGAGACCACCAGAGGAAAGCCAGCCAGCAGUUGGAGGAGGAGCAGAGAGCCAGUCUGGAGGAGGAGCAGAGGAAGCUGCAGGAGGAGCUGGAGGCCUUCGAGAAGCGUCAGCAGAGAGGAGGGAGGAGGGGCAAGAGGCGGGGCCGGAGAGACGAGGAGGCGGAGCCGAGUGGGCGGGGUCACUGCUGGAGGCGGUUCAUCAUGGUGCUGGUCCCAGUGGGGGGGGUUCUGUCAGCUGCUGCUGCCUACUACCUGCUGAGCUGCACCUGAACGCACCAUGCCCCCUGAACGCACCAUGACCCCUGAACACACCGCCACCCCUCAACGCACCAGACACUUGAACGCACCACGACCCCUGAAUGCACCGCGACCCCUGAACUCAACAUGACCCCUGAACACACCAGACACCUGAACGCACCAGACACUUGAACGCACCACGACCCCUGAAUGCACCGCGACCCCUGAACUCAACAUGACCCCUGAACACACCACGCCCCCUGACCACACCGCGACCCCUGAACGCAAUAUGACCCCUAAACACAUCGCCACCCCUGAACAAACGAGACCCCUGAACUCAACAUGACCCCUGAACACACCACGCCCCCUGACCGCACCGUGACCCCUGAACGCACCAUGACCCCUGAACACACCACGCCCCCUGACCGCACCGUGACCCCUGAACGCACCAUGACCCCUAAACACACCGCGACCCCUGACUACACCGCGACCCCUGAACGCACCAUGACCCCUAAACACAUCGCCACCCCUGAACAAACGAGACCCCUGAACUCAACAUGACCCCUGAACACACCACGCCCCCUGACCACACCGUGACCCCUGAACGCACCAUAACCCCUGAACGCACCAUGACCCCUAAACACACCGCGACCCCUGACCGCACCGUGACCCCUGAACGCACCAUGACCCCUAAACACACCGCGACCCCUGACCGCACCGUGACCCCUGAACGCACCAUGACCCCUAAACACACCGCGACCCCUGACUACACCGCGACCCCUGAACGCACCAUGACCCCUAAACACAUCACCACCCCUGAACAAACGAGACCCCUGAACUCAACAUGACCCCUGAACACACCACGCCCCCUGACCGCACAGUGACCCCUGAACGCACCAUGACCCCUAAACACACCGCGACCCCUGACUACACCGCGACCCCUGAACGCACCAUGACCCCUAAACACAUCGCCACCCCUGAACGCACCACGACCCCUGAAUGCACCACAACCCCUGAACGCACCGCGACCCCUGAACUCAAUAUGACCCCUGAACGCACCAGACUCCUGAACGCACCGCGACCCCUGAACUCAACAUGACCCCUGAACUCACCAGACUCCUGAACUCAAUAUGACCCCUGAACGCACCACGACCCCUGAACUCAACAUGACCCCUGAAUGCACCACGUCCCCUGAACUCAACGUGACCCCUGAACUCAACAUGACCCCUGAACGCACCACGUCCCCUGAACUCAAUAUGACCCCUGAACGCACCACGACCCCUGAACGCACCAGACUCCUGAACGCACCAGACUCCUGAAUGCACCACGUCCCCUGAACUCAACGUGACCCCUGAACUCAACAUGACCCCUGUACUCGAUAUGACCCCUGAACGGAUCAUGACUCCUAAAGUCAACAUGACCCCUGAAUGCACCACGACCCCUGAACUUAACAUGACCCCUGAACGCACCACGGCCCUUGAACACACCACAACCCCUGAAUGCACCGCGACCCCUGAACUCAACAUGACGAACACACCAUGACAGCUGAAACACCUGAACGCAAGGCGGCUGUGACACCUGAACGCACCACAACCCCUGAACGCACCGCGACCCCUGAACUCACCACAACCCCUGAAUGCACCGCGACCCCUGAACUCACCACAACCCCUGAAUGCACCGCGACCCCUGAACUCAACAUGACCCUUGAACACACCAUGACAGCUGAAACACCUGAAUGCACCUUGACAG